AUGGCUCCCCGUCGAAAGUCUGUCCUGAUCACCGGCUGCUCUGCUGGUGGCAUCGGUGCAGGCCUAGCUGAAGGAUUCUGCGAGAAAGGAUACCACGUCUUUGCGACAGCCCGCACCACGUCAAAGAUUUCCCAGGGCCUAGCAAACGCAUCCAACGUCACUGUUUUGGAACUGGACGUCUUGAAGUCAGAGUCCAUUGCCGCUGCCGUCGACAGCGUCAAGCAGAAAACCGGCGGUACGCUGGACGUUCUCAUCAACAACAGUGGCCAAGCAGCCAUCGCGCCUGCAUUAGACGUCUCGAUUGAGGAAGGCAAGAAAGUUUUCGAUCUUAAUUUCUGGGCUCCGCUCGCUAUGCUCCAAGCUUUCUCCCCACUACUGAUCGAGGCCAAAGGUUGCCUUGUCAACAAUGCAUCCUGUAGCGCCUAUCUCCCCAUGGCACUCAUGAGUGUGUAUAAUGGUUCGAAGGCUGCCUUGAUCUCGGCAAGUGAUACUUGGCGCCGUGAGCUUAAGCCCCUCGGAGUCCGGACCAUCACACUGGCCACAUCCUCUGUGGGCUCUUCAAGUACCCCGACAGUGUCUGAAGUCAAAAUCCCCGAGACUUCUCAUUAUUAUGGAAUCAAAGAUUUCGUGGAAGGCGUUCCAGGGCUGUUGCGCCAGCCAGGCGCAGUCACACCUCGGAAUUAUGCAGCACGAGUAAUCCGAGAAGUUGAGAAGGGAACAUCCGGGACGAUCUGGGUUGGUACUUCUGCUGAAAUGGGCAAGCUCGGCUAUUAUUGCUUCCCCCAAUCAGUUAUGGAUGCGCUUAUCGAGAGCGUAGUCCCAUUCAAUAAGGCCAUGGCCCAAGCAGCCAAGAAGUAA